AUGGUUGAAUAUACGCCCUUUAACAGCAGCAACAGCAGCAACAGCAGCAACAGCAGCAGCAGACUGUUGCUGCUGCAGGUUGCUUAUUGCCAAUUAAGUGGUACAAGUGAGUCCCCAUGGACAAAUGGUGCAGCAACUAUAACAGAUCCUUCUUAUGACUUAGCAGCAUCUUAUGAUAAUACAGCAGGAGCAUCUCUCCCUUCAUGGGAUUCUUCUGUAUCUGGUGUAUUGCAGCCAAGUGGUGAGCAUAAGCAGCAGCAGCAGCAGCAGCAACAGCAGCAGCAGCAGCAGCACCAGCGACAGGAUGAGGAUGAGGAUGAGGAUGAGGAGCAGCAGCAGCAGGUAAUAAGGGAAGGAGAGGAGCAACAUAAUACAAAUCGUGUACUUAUAUUAAGGAAGCAAAUAAAGGAUUAUAUAAGUGCAUCUAUGCUGCUGCUGCUGAUGACAGCAGGUAUAGUAGCGGGUGUACAGAUAGGCAGCAGCAGCAGCAGCAGAAGCAGCAGCAAUAUAUUUCGUGGUCUAUAUAAGAAGGAUAAGAAGAAGAAAAGUAUAAGUAGACGUAUAAGUACAACAAGCAGCAGCAGCAGCAGCGGAGGGAGGAAGAAAAGAAGAAGAAGAAGAAGCAGCAGCAGCAGCAACAGGAAGAAAGGAAUAAAAAAAACAAGAGAAGAAAUAGAUCAAUUAGUUGCUGCUGCAGAGAAUAUAGCGCAUGCAUUCAAGGACGAAGAAGUUGCUUCCCGUGUCUCUUCUUGUAUAUUAGCGCAUGCAGCAGCACUAAGAGCAGCAGCAGCAGAUGCACAAUUUUAUGAUUUUAAGCAAAUAAUACAAGCAGCAGCAGCAGCAGCAGCAGCAGAACAAGGAGAAACAGGAAUUGAACAAACCCCAAUAACAGCAGCAGGAACAGAAUCAACAGCAGCAACAGCAGCAGGAGUAGAUCAGCAAGAACAAGGAGAAAUACCUUCUUAUACAAUAUCUUUAUCUCCUCCUGUUUCCCCAUCAACAUUAACAUCUUCCUCUUCUACUGCAGCAGCAGCAGCAGCAGCAGCAGGAUACCAUUGGCGCAGCAUUCUGUCAUUAACAAACGAACUGCAGCAGCUGCAGCUAUCCCGUCUUCGUUACCUACAAAGGGAAGGAGGAUUCUUAUGUCAUAGUACUGCCUUCCGUGCAUCUAGUGUAUGUACACUAGCUGCAGCAAUAGAAACAGAUUCAUUAAGGGUAGAGGCAGCACUAACAGAACAAAUAAUGCGGGGAAAGAGAGAGAGGGAGAGAAGGGAUAGGGGAGAGAGAGAAGAGGGAGAAGGAGAAGAAGAGGGAGAAGGAGAAGAAGAGGGAGGAAUAAGAUUAGAGGAGAGGAAAGAGGAGAGAGUAAAAGAAGUAUGGGAAGAAGCAUUACGUACACUGCAGCAGCAGCAGCAGCAAGCAGCAGAAAUAGUUAAUCGUCUUAAUGAGGAGAAUAGACCUGUUAGAUCUAUUGCUUAUAUACAUAGAUUACGUCAUUUAUAUAAUAAUGCACAAGAUAUUGUUCUUGCUGCACAUACACAAGCAGCAGCAGCAGCAGCAGCAGCAGCAAGAGCAGCAGCAGUAAAAGGAACAAGAAGAAAAAAAGGAGAAGAAUAUGAUGAUGGACAAACAGAUACAGAAACAGCAGCAGCAGCAGCAGCAGCAGCAGCAGCAGCAGCAAGUACACCUGGAUUAGAGGAAGAGAUAGAAAAGAUGCCAUUUAAUAUAUUAUUAGAUCGUGUAAGAGAGGAAGCAGCAGCAGCAGCAAGACAUGCAGAAUUAGCAACAUUAUUAGUAGAUAAUAUAGAGGAAAUAGAGGAGAAUAGGAUAAGAAAAGAAGAAGAAAUAAAUAAAAUAAAUAAUAUAAAUAAAAUAGAUAAUUAUAUAAAUACAAGUCAUGCACAAUUAAGAAGAACAGCAAGUGUUGCAUACCAAUUAGCAAAAUUAGCAGCAAAUGCAGCAGCAGCAGCAGCAGAAGCAGCAAAUCUAGUAGAGAAUUGUGGUGGUAGAAAAGGAGCAGCAGCAGCAGCAUUAAAAAGGAAUAAAGAAUUAAGAAAAGAAGCAUAUGAUGCAACAUAUGCAGCCGUCAGGUGUAUAGGCACCUAUGGUGCAUGGCAACAAUUAGAUAUAGCAGUAAAUAAUGCAGUAAUUAAACUACAGAUAGGAAUAGAUUCUUUAUCUAAUAAAAAUAAAAUAAAUAAAAAAAUAAAUAAUAAUAAUAAAUAUAAUAUAAAUAUGAAUAAAUAUAGAGGAGAGGUCGAGAGAAGAGGAGGAGAGGGAGAAAAGGAUGAGGAAGAGGGAGAGGAAGAAGAAGAAGAGGAGGAAGAAGAAGGAGAAAAAAGAAGAAAAAGAGCAUUAAAAUUAUUAAAAGAAGGAAAUAUAUCAUUAACAAGAAGAAGAUAUAAAAAAACAGCACAAUUAAUAUCUGCAGCAAGGCAUGCAUUACAUCUUAUGAAUAUCAAUAGAAGAAUACAACAAAUACAUUUAUUAGAGGAAACUAGUAAUAAUUAUAUUAAUUAUAAUUAUAAUUAUAAUUAUAAUAAUUAUAAUAAUUAUAAUAAUCUUUCUUCUUCUCCUUAUUCUUCUUCUUAUUCUUCUUCUUCUUCUUCUGCUGCUGUUGCUGCUGCUGGUGCUGCUGCUGGCGUUGGUGCUGCUAAUGCUAGUGGUGGUCCUAGUGGUGGUGCUCGUGGUGGGGAUAAGGGGAGGGGGAGAGGGAGGGGAGAGGAAGAAGAAGAGGAGGAAGAAGAAGAAGAGGAGGAAGAAGAAGAAGAAGAAGAAGAAGGGGGAGAGGGAGGAAGAGGGAGGGAGAACAGGGAGGAGAGGGAGAAUCGUGCGGCUGCUGCUGCUGCAGAAGCGAGGAGGAGAAAUAUUGUUGCUGCUGCUGCUGCUGCUGCAGCAGCAGAUGUACAUGAUGAUGAAUAUGAUUAUGAUGAUGAGGAAGAAGAGGAGGAAGAAGAAGAAGAGGAGGAGGAGGAGGAAGAAGAAGAAUAUUGA